UGCUGCCUGCCCUCCAUUCAUAAAAAAAAAAAAACCCAACCCACAUCUAGCCUUCGCAACUUGCAACAAGUUCCCUUCCGGCCCCCAUUCAUAAAAGAGAGCAGAGCAUGCGCCUGGGGGCUUCAGUGCCCACCCAUUCAUAGAGUUGGGAGGACAGGCAUGCGCAGAGGGGGUCCCUUUCCUCCCAUUCAUAAAAUAGCCAUUUUCCCAGGCAGCAGUUGUUGCAACAUCGAGGCGAAGCAGGGGGAAGCUACUGCUGCUGACAGCACAGCACUUGCAGGUCCUUCUCUGAGAUCCAUGGUGUUUCGUGCCAGGGAUUUGCAGGUCCAGCUCCUUGAUCUGUCUCGGAUUUAGGAUUAACUUGCCUGUUGAGAGAUGGUCUUGUCUGAACUCUUUAAAGACACUUAAAGCCGUUUUUACCCCCCAGUGGUGAAGGACACUCUGACCAAUGGAACCCCGGAUUCCCCACAACAUAACUGUGGCCCCAAACUCUGUCAUGGUACAGCCGUUACUGGACAGUCGGAUCCCCUAUGGGAGGCUGCAGCAUCCGCUCCCCAUCCUGCCUAUUGACCAGAUGAGGACUACUCACGUGGAGAAUGACUACACCGGCAAUCCCAGCCUGGCCACCCAGAAGCGCCCCAGAGGCCACCAGGAACCCGCGCUGACCAGCCAGCACCUGCAGCGAUGUGAGCAGGACGUCACCCACCCCUGGAUCUCCUUCAGCGGGCGGCCCAGCUCCAUCAGUAGCAGCAGCAGCACGGCUUCCGACCAGCGGCUCCUGGACCACAUGGCGCCGGCCCCCGUGGCGGAGCAGCCCUCCCCGAGAGCGGUUCGGAUACAGCCCAAGGUGAUGAAUUGCAAACCCAUGGAUCUGAAGGGACCCAUGUCUCAGGAGCUUGACAAGCACUUUUUACUGUGUGAAGCCUGUGGGAAAUGCAAGUGCAAGGAGUGUGCCAUGCCGCGGGCUUUGCCUUCUUGCUGGGUGUGCAACCAGGAGUGUCUCUGCUCUGCGCAGAACUUGGUCAAUUACUCCACGUGCAUGUGUCUGGUGAAGGGAGUCUUCUACCACUGCACUAACGAGGAUGACGAGGGCUCCUGUGCAGACCACCCCUGCUCCUGCUCCCAUUCGAACUGCUGUGCCCGCUGGUCUUUCAUGGGUGCCCUCUCUCUGGUCCUGCCUUGCUUGCUGUGCUACCUGCCAGCCACCGGCUGCGUGAAACUAUCCCAGAGAUGCUAUGACCAAGUGAGCCGGCCCGGAUGUAGAUGUAAAAACACAAACAGUGUCUUCUGCAAGGUGGCGCUGGAUGGCAAAGCGAGCAGGCCAGAAAAGCCUUUCUGACCAUUGCAGGGUGCGGGGGGAUAUGAGAAAGGUGGAAGAGACACCAAAGGGGAGGUUAUAACCUGUGUUCUGAGGAUAACAUAUGUUAGCCUUUUGCCAUCAACAAAGAAAGCCGAAGUAACUAUUUCCAUAAACUGAAGCACUUUGGGUUAUUCAGGGUUUUGGAAUUGAUUAUCUAAAGUUAAACAGAGGGGGGCCAAUGGAGGAGGAUUCUUAAUACUUUACAGAUCCCAGGCCAAAAACCAACACAGAUCACAGAGUACCGCUGCUUAAAAAGUCUUUUCACCAUCUGGUUCAUAGUGCUGGCUGCUCGCUGUGCCUACGUCCAGCAAGAAUAAUUAACUAUUAGCUUGACAGGCACAUCAGCAGAAGCAAUAUUCAUUUUCAUUCACAAAAGAAUAGUGGAUUCAGAGUAGGGUGGGUUUUCUUCCUUUUUCAACUCUGAUAUGUUACCAGCAGCCUGUUGAAAGUAAAGGGUUAAACUUUUUCUCUCCACUUGACUAUUAAAAGGGCCAGUUGAGUACAAAGUAAAUGUUUCCCCAAAGCUUUUUCCUUCACCCUUCCAGAAUAGAUUUUGAAGCAGAAAUAACUUUUUUCAAAUCACUUUCUACAACUGUCAUUGCCAUUUAGGUAUAUUUCUAUUCCUACCCCACCCGUCACGUUCCCCUUUUGAUGCCGAUUUUGUUUUCUGACAGAGGUAGUGAUAUGGAAUCUCUCUCCCCCUCACCUUGCCCCAAUAAGAGGACUAUGGGCAUAAUGUGUUUUUCUCCUCCCCCCACCCAUGUCAAUUUCUUUUCAAAUUUUACACUGUCAUUUUGCUAGUGAGCUUAAGUGUGUAGCCUCAGAUGUCACAUUUAGUAGAUUUUAAAAAUAUAUUAUGACAUCAAUAGUAAAACUUUUUCCAGGGGGCUUUGAAUGAAUUCGACUUCUGUCGUGUGAUUUCGUGCUCAGCAAAUGCUGAUGCAGAAGUCCCACUAAGCUGAGAAAUUUUUGUUCCCCCCCCCCUUCUCAGACGGUAGUGGCAAGGUCAAGAAAAACUGAGCACAAUACACAUGUACAUAUUUUUUAAAUAGAUAUCAAUCCAAUACCUGUUCUUCUGGAACAAGCUCUUCAGAUCUACUUUGCUGAUAAUAUUAAGGACACUUUUUUGGGGGGCAGAAUGACAUUUGCUUGAAGUAUUUUUCCCCCCUUCAUUUCUAUUGCUGCUGCUCAACUUUUGCCUUUUCUGUAGAAUAGUGUGUCUUUGUAAAGUGUAAAUAGAGAAAUUAACAAGUGUCUAUUUUAGUGUUAAUGAGUACUGGGGGACGUCAAGGGUGCGUAUUUAUGGAACCUUGCCCUUGGUUUUCAGUAGCUGACGAUCAUAGGCUUUGUCUAUGCACUCGUACUGCACUCCCUUAUGCUGCAGUAACCCCUUUCUUUUGAUAACUGCAAGGUGCUAAACAAAAAAACUUUGUCCUAACAUGCAACAAAUCAAAUAGCUAGGUACUUGUUGCAUGCUGAAAGCUGAUCUAAUCCGUGUGUGUGUGUAUUUUUUUUUUUUAAUU